AUGAACGCGCAGACGCUGUUGCAGUCGCAGGGAUGGGGAGGACCUGGUACAGCGCUUCAGAACGGCGGCGUGACGCGGGCCAUACUCACUUCAAAGAAGUCAGAUAAUGGGGGACUUGGGGCGAAACCUAAAGAGAGCGACCAGUGGUGGGAUAAUGUCUUUUCUGCGCAGCUACAGAACAUCCAGGUGUGCUCUAAUACUGCUGGUAAGGGUGCGAUGCUUCAACAAAUCAAUGGUGGAGUAUCAGCUGCGCAUCCAGUUGCGGCUAGGGCAGCCCAUAGACGCAUGUUUGACGGCAAGAGUGCACUCGAGAAGGUCUUCGUCAUGGGAGAAGUGCUGAAGGCUAGUGAUCAGUUUGUGCCUCUCAAAGACAGCACGUUGACCAAAGCCUCUAAGCGCAGCAAAUCUUCCGAUGUCGUUAACAAGCAAGCCAAAGGCGAGCCCAGCGACUGUUCAGAAGCAUUACAGUGUCUGAGCGAUAAGGCAAUCGCACGACAAUUAAAACAGCUUAGAAAGGAAGACAAGGCGAAGCGGCGGCAAGAAAGAGCUGAGAAGCGACAGAGAAAGGCUGCGAGGCAAGAGGUACGGAUAGGGAAGCUCGAGAAACGGGCUCUAAAGAAGAAGGAGAAAGAAGAGAGUCGUAUGAUAAGCUAG